AUGUCCGGCCGCAAGCUGGGAGGCGGUCGCAUCUUGGGCAGCGGCAAGGGCCUCGCCCCUCCUACGCCUCCCGCAGUCCAGGGCCAUCGACGCACUCCGAGUCCCUUUGCUCCCUCCGAAAGCACCCUGUCUCUCAACUCGUCUUCCGCCUCGCCCCCAGUCUCGAGCCCCCUGCCCGACUUUGCCCAGGAUCUCACAUCAAAUAUCAGCGUUGGCGGGCCUUCGCGUACUGCCACCGCCGGCUCGAAGCUGGUCUGCCCGAUAUGCGAGGAGGAGAUGUUGACGCUGCUUCAACUAAACAGACACAUUGACGACAACCACCAAGAACUACCCGAGGUCGAGCAGGAUGAGGUCCGCACGUGGUUCGAUAAGCAGGUCCUCAAGGCCAAGCGGUUCCAGCCGUUAUCUAUCAUCAACCAGAAGCUCCGAGGCUUGGACGUGUUCGAAUCCAACGAGUCCAUGCCGGUUGCCCCGCCCGCCGUAGCGAAGCUCGUCGAAGGCCCCAUCGACCCGGAUGAGCUCAUUACCAGGUCGCAUUGGCAGCGCCAAACGAGCAACGACCGAUGCACCGAUCCGACAUGCGCCAAGGGGCUCGGAGCCGUCAACGGGAGCAUAAACUGCCGGAACUGCGGGAGGCUGUUCUGCGAGGAACACACCAUGUAUCAGAUGCGGCUUUCGCGGUCUGCGCAGCACGAUCCUGUGCGGGGAUACUGGGUCAGAGUGUGCGAGACGUGUUACAAGUCGAGAGAUGGCUACAACGACCACAACGGUGUCCUGGUGGACCACACAUCGGCCUUUGCCGAAAUGCGACGGAAGAGGGUGGAGAGGCAGAACCUCGAAGCGGCUAGGCUGGAAAAGCGCUUGACCAAGCUGACGCAGCUGCUUGCGAAUGCGCCCGAAGACGUUACGACCAACGGCGGAAACCUGCUCUCGCCCGUGGCGACGUUGACGGGCCAAAAGAGCCAGAGGAAGCUGCUGGAGCAGUCGGUCGUGACCUGGGAAGAUGACGCCUCCGUCACACAGUGUCCGUUCUGCCAGCAAGAGUUCGGGUCAUGGACCUUUAGGAGACACCAUUGCCGAAUAUGCGGUCGCGUGGUUUGCGCCGAUCCACUUACAGGCUGCUCGAGUGAAGUGGGCUUGAGCAUAGCCAGUCGUGAGUCUCAUGCUUCGGGAUCGUCACGAGCACCGCGUCUAACAGCCCCAGCAACGAGCCCGGCAACGGAAAAGCCUCCGACGACAGCGCAGCCUGGCCAGCUAAGCGUCGACGUCCGCAUGUGCCGGGGCUGCAACCACACGAUAUUCUCGAAGCGCGACUUUGCGGCGACCCUCGUGCACAAACCGCCAGACCAACGCGCGUACGAGACGUUGCGCCAGUUCGAACGUGGUAUCCGCCAGCUCAUGCCCAUUUUCCAGCGGACUUUGCUUGCACUGCAGCCAGAGGGAGAGGACGGAUCAGAUAUCUCCAAGGCGCCACCGACCCACGCCCAGAUCCAAGAGGCGUCCAAGAUUCGCAAACGUCUUACCGAUGCAUUCACAAAGUACGACAUGGCCGCGCGCCGCCUGCGUGACAUGAAAACAACAUCCAAAACCCAGCUCCGUCUCCAGCAAGCCGUUUACGCCGCGGCCUCGUCGUUUCUACACACCCACAUGCUGACAUUAAAGUCGGUCCCGCAAAUCCUUCGGGCUCGAUCGUCUCAGUCAUCACGCCUUCGCGCUCUCCAGUCGGGCAGCGUCAACGGGUCGUCAUCGUCUCUCCACCUUUCGCCCCUCCGCAACCAGGAGCUGGCCGAGUCGGAAACGGCGAGCCAGGCCAGCGAGACCAGUACCGCUGUGUCGGCGCUCGAAACAGAGGAGAAGGAGGCGCGCGAGCGUCUAGUGGUUCUUGAGGAGCAGCGUUUCAUGGUACAGCAGAUGGUGGACGCCGCGCGGGAUGCCCGGCGGUUCGAGGAGGUCAGCGCUUUGACACGCAACGUAGAAGAGCUCGACCGGGAGAUCGAAAGAGCUAAGAAGAUGGUUGGCGGCGUCGAGGAGCGGUGGGAAGGUCUGUACGCGUCCGGCCUGGCGCGGUGA